AUGGCCUACAACAAGAGCUACAACCCCGACGCGCUGCCAGCGCACGCGGAGCCUGAGCAGGUCGCGCAGAUGAUCGGGAAUAUGCAGGUGUCUGGAGGCAACAGCCAUAAUGCACAGACUCAAAAACCGCUUCCGUCCCGCCCACCACCGCAGUCAGCGCCCAGCGGUGCGUUUCCCCCUCGCGUCCCCGUCUCCAAUGCUCCAGGGCCGCACGCAUACAACGCCGCCCCUCCGCAUUCCUACAACGGUCGACCUUCGCCCGCGAACGUUCCUCCCCCAAGCCAAACCCAAUACCGGCCUCACCCAUUACAUCCCUCCCCUCCUCCUCAGAACUACGGCUUCGGCCCGCCGCCAUCACAGCCGCAGCUCAGUCGACCCCCGCCCGCGUCGCGCCCGCCGCAAUCCCCCCAACCCCCACCCCUAUCCGCCCCCAGCAAUGACCCAGAGCAUCUUUUCCCCCUCUUCCGUGCAGCCAACUCCUCGCACAGUGGCUCACUCACCGAGCAAGAGCUCGGUUCGGCCCUGGUGAACGGCGACUAUACGUCCUUCCACCCGCGCACGGUGAAAAUGAUGAUCCGCAUGUUCGACCGGAACGGUAAUGGGAUCAUCAACUUCGAUGAGUUUGUCUCGUUAUGGAAGUACCUGGCGGCGUGGCGCGAGCUGUUCGACCGGUUCGACGAGGACCGCAGCGGGCGCAUCAGCUUGCAGGAGUUCGAGAAGGCGCUGGUCGCGUUCGGGUACCGGCUCAGCCCGAAGUUUGUGUCUGUGCUGUUCACUGCAUUCGAGAGCAAGACUCGGCAGAUACAUGCGCCGCCGAGGAACCCUGACCACAACGGGAUGAGCUUUGAUCUGUUUGUGCAGGCUGGUAUUAGCCUGAAGCGAAUGACGGAUGUGUUUAAGCGGUAUGACGAGGAUCGGGACGGUUAUAUUACCGUGAGCUUUGAGGAGUUCCUGACUGAGAUCAUCCUGCUGCAGGAUUAA